ACCAAACCACCUCGUUGAAAGCACGCACACAAGCUUGCAUCUCGACGACGACGACGACAUUGCCAAAAACCUAGCCUCCAAGCCCCCUAUACCACUACAACUCUACAAGCUUGUUGCGAAGGGAGAAGAAACAGAAGAAGAAGAAGAAGAAGAAGAAGAAGAAAGCCAAGGUUGACGAGGGAUCGAUGGCCGUCGCGGGGAGGAAGAUGAGGCUCGCGCUGCCGGUGAUCGUGGCGGUGCUGCUGCUUCUGGCGGCGCUCGGCGAGGCGCGGCCGUUGGGCGGCGCCGACUGGGCGGCCGCCGGAGGGACCCCGCUGCCGGGCGCGUCGACGACCAUGGCCCAGGCGCUCCGAAGGCUGUACACGCAGCGGCUGGGCGGGCCGGGCGCCUCCUGCACCACCAACAGCCCCAACAUCCCCUGCCCGCCAUAGAGGCCGGCCGGCCGUCGUCCGGCGCGACUCAAUCGACCGGCCGCCCUCCGUCCCCUCCUCUCUCUCUCGGGUUCAAACUUGUUUUUGACGGACCAACCCGGGCGGCGGUAGCGGGCUCACGGCAUGCGCAUGUUUUUUUUCCCGCCGGCUGACUAGCGGCCGGCGAUCGACGACAUGGUUGGAUUGGUUGAAUUCGUUGGUUGGUUUCUUGGUGAAUUCUUUUUGCCCGCGCGCGAUUUUCGCCGGGUGUUUAUUUGUACAGAAGAAAAGAUACUCGUAUACUUCGUAGGAUCUGUUUGUUGUUUGAAUGAAUAAAACAUAUAGGCAAAACCUGCAAAAGCAGUACCAGCAACACAUGUAUAUACCUUUCUCUAAAAAGUGACAUAUAUUAUGUAUGCUUCGUGGCCAUUUGUCAAAUCUUUUUUUUUUUAAUUUUUUUGCGGGGGACGGAUUCAGUCAUUUGUCGAAUCUUAACAAAGCACAGUUUUGUACUCUAACUAAACAUACGUGUAACUUGCCUGGAAGUGGAAGCUGACAUCCGCGUGCGUCACUCAUGGCCUCAUGAGGCCA